UGAUUGAAUGUAGUUACUGACAAGAAUUAUAGCUCGAUGCCGCUGAGAGAUCACAAGACGGAGUCAGAGAGGUCAGGAUGCGGGAAGCCGAGGAGGGUAUGGAUGUCGUUGGCCGGUUAAGAGGCGAGGAGAAGGCGUCUAGAAGACACUCACGAGGUAAGAAAACCCCCAUUUCCUUAUGUUUUGAAGAUACCCUAGGAGCUGUGGCUGGUGACACCGGCGGAGAUGAGUCUGAACUGGCCCCGAACGGUGUUUCAUGGGGCGAACGGGACCAUGAAAAUCUGGACACGGCUGAGGAGAAAUUUACAACGGAAGAUCAUACUCCCGAGGAAGUGCCAAAUGAUGAGGCGCUAGCGAACAAAUACCCCUUGGAAGAAUUAGGCGGCUAUGCCACAGAUAUGGUUGCUCAGAAGACGGGGUUCGAGAACCAAUUUACGAUACAAUUAGACCCAGGAACUCAAGACGAAUUAGUCGAGGAUGCUGAGCGCUUUGCUCCGAGCAUUACACUGCCUCUAUCGUCUAUCGACAGUAACACUGGGACUCAAUCUGUGACGCCGAAUUCAAAUGAUGCACGCGACAAGGCUGAGGCCGGAUUUCUGCUAGGAGCUGAAGACCUUGUGGCUUCGGAGAACACGAGGCCGUCUAUAUUGUAUGACAACCUGAACAAAUUAGGGAUCGAUGAAACAGACGACUCUGUUUCUGCGCAGCUCGAAGAAAAUUCGGUAAAGACAACAGACACGAUUGCAAAAGAUAUCUCUUUGACAACAGCUUCAAUAUCUGGAUCAUGCGAGGAUUCGCAGGCAAAUGGUACGAAUACUGCCGAAAAUGUCAGCCAUGCACCUAUUCAACGAGACUGGGAACCUAACUUAGAACCUCGCACAUGUGCAGCAGGGAUAAUGGCAGCCAAUCCCAUCCCGCCUGAAACCUUGCAAGAAUCUUUGACAAGAAAGAUGACAGAAACUGCAUGCGAAACUGAAGCUUCUCUCAUUGAUCGCUCUUCAAGAGAUGACGCAGCUGAUAUUGCUCUGCCUCCCUCUCCGCCAGAGGAACCCGAUUUACAGCUAAGCACGCUGAACUAUAUUGCUGUGGCUGGCGCCUUAUUGCAAAACCCCACAUUUGGCCGGGAGCGCUGGAACAUGCGAGCUCCUCCAUCUACACAUAAACUGUAUCGCAACCAGGGUACGGCGAAUGAAGAGGCGAUGGAGCGUACUAGGCGGACAAUUCAUGAAAAUCCGCCAUCCAUAUUAACCAAUGCCGGCCGUGGGCCUACGAUGAUCAAAUCUUCCGAUAUGCCUGUCGAGUCAUCUCCUUGGGAUACGGUUGACGAAGAUGAGACGUCGGAGCAAGUUUGGGAGACAACUGACGAUGACGAGACGGUGGAGAGGUCCGUUGGUGAUUUUCGACACUCUAGAGACACACUAAGCGACAUCGCCGAAGUACCUCAAGAGCUAGGUGAGGGUCCUGGAAACGUUGCGACACAGAGUCCACGAGAAGCUACUCUUGACUUUCCCGCGUAUACGGCCCUCUCGUCUAAUCCCCCCAACCCCGAUGUUCACUAUGUCGAUCCAAGAGUAUCUGGAAUAGAUAUAUCCCAUACUGCACUACAGCCCCAAUACUCUGACAGUGAGGGACCUGCACAGCAGUUUGAGGUUCAAGACUGGACGACAUGGUGUGAAUCAGAAAUUGCUGGUGGUACUUUGCCAGAAAACUUAGAAUUUCAGCCACACUAUCUAGAUACCAUAUCUGAGGAUUCUGAUGAUGAAUUCGUCGUUAAGAAGUUGGGAGUUACUGCCUCUGCUGAUGAUAUUGAGCGGCUCCAUUCUUCCACUCUCGAUAAGACCACAACAACAUCAAUCAACGAAGCUCCAUUUGAAAGCUCUUCACGCGAGAUAGCUAUAAAACAGUUUGCAGAGCCAGUGAGCUCCCUGGAUGAAGCUCAAGCCAGUCCAUCUGCAUGGCAACCAACCCAGAAAGCAGUCCCAGAUGAAAUCAUUCUUAGAAAUAAUGAGCGAGAAUGGUCAGAUCCUGAGGCGGACGAAGAAGAAGACCAAAGCGUCAUAGAAACUCAACGGCUUCGCCAUGUAUUUGAUUACGAUAGAUUUGUUUCAGAAGCAUCGGUUGUCUCGCAUUUGCGCCGACCUGAGCAUCUCUCUUUUGACGAGAAGUCUCUAGAAGAAUUGACAGCACCAACCAAGACCUGGGAGGAUGGUAAUGGCCACUUGGAACAAAGGCUCGGGAUAACUCAGAGUGGAGAUGAGUUAAAUCAACACUCUCGAGGCGAAUUCUCGUGGUUAUCUACUCGUUCAAACUCUAUAGACGAAUCCCACGACAUGAGCGUCGAAACCUUCUUGAACGACGAACGCCUGAAUACCAUCGAUGCUGCCUUUGCCCCUAUCACAGCUAUCACUGAUGAGGAAAUCCAAGACCGUGCUGUGGAAGAUACCAGUAUAUCAGACCUUAGACUCAGACCCAUUAGCCCGAGUGAAGCUGAGACAACUGGGCUUGGUCUCGACCUCCACAGGUCGCCAUACGCUGAAACAUCAACCGAUGAAGAUCAUAGUGUCACAUAUUUCCGGACCAAGUUCAGUCCGUCGAGCCAUCUCGAGUCCCCCAGUCCUAUGAGUUCGGGUGUAGAUUCAUUCGAAGAUUAUACAUAUGAUCAAGACAGGUCUACCACGUCUAUGGACAUUAGAGGCCAACACCGUCCGAGUUUAGUGCAUUCAGAUAUUCAAACACAUGAAGAGUUUGCACACAACUCUCCCUCAAAGGACAGAGGGAUGGAGGAGCCGCGGUCUCCCACCCCGGCUAUCGUCUUGCCUGAUCUCGGCGAUCCUAAAAUCGAAGCUUUAGCAAGAGCAAAAAGUCUUAAAAAGAAACACCGUCAACACUUUCGGGAAGUAGAGGAAAAUGUGGCAGCAGCAGUGGUUAUCUACGCUACAGCGCAGGAGCUUAGUCCUCCAGCAAGUCCCUCUCGCGGCUACGGCCAGAUUAACAGAAACAUUACAGAGACAUUGGGUGUUGGCCAGGGACCAGUUCAGGCGUCUCCAGACGCUGUAUCAUCGGAGAUCUCAGCACAACACAGCUUUGACGAGAGUGACUUUUCAUCGAGUGUUGCUGACCUUUCGACAGAUGAUGAACGGCACCGCCACCGAUCUCACCGAUCCCACCACCACCCGUCGCGACCCAGAGAGACCGUAAGCGGAGACGAAUAUCGUCGUCAUCGUCACCGUGAAAAUAAGAGCAGGGACGAGGGUGAGCAGUCGGUUAAGGCGAGCUCGGAUCGGUCUAUGUCCUCGAGACAUAGAAAAGAAGAACCCUUGCGACGAAGCAAAGAAGAGUACCGGCGCCAUGAAGGUGGUCAUCAAAGCUCCUCACAACGUCGACAUCGAACCCCAGAAGAACAGGCUGCCCACGACAAACGGAAAGAAGAGCGUCGGGCCCAACGCGAAAGGGAAAGAGAACUAGAACUAUCACGAGAGCAGAAAGGUAAAGAAGCCGAGACAACCCCUCCCUCAAGCAUAAGACACUCCCCGCGUAGUUCGAGAAGGUCGGGCCAAUCCGAUCUACGGCCAGGUCAUUCUCACUCGGAGCGCCGUGUGUCGAUAAAGGAAGAACCCUCGCCAGUAUCAAGCAAGAAAUUCUUCAAUUUUAGAGGCGGCGAAAGCAUCUUAGAUGCGGCUCGCGUGUCGCCAGAGGCCGAGAUCGAAGAAGCGCCGCCAAAUCGUAAUAGCAUGAGAUCUCACUUCCGGUCGCACCGAGAGUCGGGCGAUUCGCCGCGGGCUCAGCGAGAGCCCCGAGAGUCACGAGAGAAUCGAGAUUCGCGUGAGCUGCGCGAACACCGUGAACACCGCCAACACAAAGAACAUAGAGAACACCGAGAGCAUCGAGAACACCGGGUAUCCGGCGAUGUGCCUCGGCCUCGGAGCUCGAGACACCACGACGAGAUACCGGAUUCGCCAAGCAGACACCGAGAGCGAUCCUCGCGGGCCAAGGUGGAAGAAGACCCGAAGUUCUCAGCACGUUCGAUGCCCGAAAGCGAAGGCCGGAUCUCCACACGCUCGAGGGCUGACAGCGAUGCGCGAAAAUCCACGCGGUCUCGAGGCAAUGAUAGUGAUGGGAAGCCCUCCUCACGGCCCUCUUCGUCAUCUCAUAAGCCUCAUUCUCAUUCGACCGAUGCCAAAGAGGAACGCCAUCGACACUCAUCUAGACGCGAGGAGCGCCAGAGAGAGCGCGAUGCAGAAAGGAAGAAGAGGGAGACACCACAGAGCGGUCUCAAGGCUGUGUUCAAGAAACUUUUCGCCUAGAGCGAUACAAAAAAUCAGGGAUUGUAAUGGCUGGGUAAUUUGAUCGAGGGGGGUUCGCUACGAUAGGGCGUGUAUGCGUGUGUAUUGCUGUUCUGAUUACUUUUGGUACAUUUUGUCGCUUCAAUGCUGGGGUAUUCGUUUCAUUUCACUUCUUCAUGUUCUAUUUCUUGAGUGUUUACUUGCGGCCUUUGUCUGCCUUCUCUUCUUGAUUGUAUGAGGGAAAUGAAUACUACGAAUUUAUGUGUUGGGUUUGGGGGUUUUCUGUUACUUUACGCGCCGUACGAAUUCAUUGCGAACACGAGUUACGUGUAUCGGAUAACGAGUUUAUGAAUUGAAACGCAUUCACGGUCUUUGCAUCACAUGUAGUGUCUUGGGUUACU